UUGUAUUAUCGUUUCGUGAUGUCGGGCCAGCCGUAUUAUUAUUAUUGACUAUCGCCUUAUAUUAUCUUUCUUCGAAUACAACAGCUGUCGUUAUUAUUGUCUACUAUAGCAGCAAAGAUAUAAGUGUACAGUAGUACACUCCAAGUACCUACAACGAUUUUAUUUUCUGUUGAACUGCUGCCGACCGUUGACGUCAAAUUUACACCCGAAUCCACGACCACCGCCGACGAUGAUGUCUACAACGACGAGUCAAGCGAUGCGAGUGAUGGACACGCAACGUUUGCCGGCCGUCCGGUGGCCGUGCAAAACGGCCGGAGAAAAACUCGGCGGUCUCGUUGCCGACGGCCUGUACGCGUGGUUAGCCGUCCGCGCAAACAUUGUUCUGUACUCGAAACGCCUGGGAUCCGUCGUGUCGUCCAGGACGUUUGGCGACAACAAAGAUAAAUCGUUCACGAUUACCGACGUGAAAGAACUGAAUUACGGCCAAGGAAAAUUGCAUUUACUACUGGUGGGCUGUUCGCUUAAAAGCACCGGACUCGUGUACGUGUGUCGGCUGCCGGCGUUGACUACGAUUCGCUGUAUCGCGUUACCGAAUCCGGUGACGUACAUAACGACUAUUAAAAAUGACGAAUUAUUCUACGACGCCGACCAACUUUGCGACGAGUUAAAGAUAAUGUCUACCGUACUGCUGGUGGGCAUGGCCACGGGACAAGUGUACGCCGUCGAUCUUCGACACCGUCACAUAGAACACCAAUUGGACAACAACGAAAUUGUCGUCAACGAAUCGCGACCGAGCCAGUUGUUUGUCAUCCGUAAGAACGAAGACUGUCAGGAAGUGAAAGAGAUGAGCGACGACCGCGACUGUCACCUGGCCAUGUUCAUAAACGAAAAUUUCCACGAUUAUUGUAAAUACAACGGAAAACUGCGUAUGAGCGUCACCAGCGUGCUGUACGUCGAAGAGACCAACACUGUCGCCAUCGGUUAUUCCAGCGGUCAUUUGCAGCUACGCGAUUGUAAAACAAUGCGUACCAUAUACGUUCUAAGAGAGCCACAGUGUAGCAUGCCUGUAACUCACAUUGGCUUUAUCGAACCGUCCGACGACCCGAACAACUUGUGCUAUCUCUGGGUCGUCCAGUCGGACAACGUCAGACUUCCGUUGGCCACGAUGAUGGCGCUAAUCUUUGAGCAACGCGUCAUAACGCCAAACGGACGUUCGGCGUACCGUGCUUACCAAGGUCACGGUGUAAAACUAGAAAUGUCGUUACAGCGAGAGACGGGUUCUGGACGGUGUGUAUCCGCUCUGUCCGUGUGCAAUGUAAAUAUGGCCAAAAACGAAACUGACAUGGACGAAGACUGUGAAAUACGGCUUUUCGCCAUGCUGAUGGAAAUACGACAGAACGGCAGCCCAAAAUCGUACAUGUUCUUGUUCGACAUCAACCAGUGGUACAAAGCGCAAAUGCCGCCCAUCAUCAGCCAUCUGAAAGUGUCCAACUCGUACGCCAGUUUUGUACAGCUGCCGCACAACGACGCGCGCCACUUGGAUUUCACUAUUGCCCCCAAGACGUUACGGCCGUUUUGCACCAAUUUCAGGGACGGCGUCGAAGAACUGUACUAUCCGUCUUCGAUUUACUUUGAGUACGAUUGUCUGUUGGACACCGAGCUCGUUCGGUUGAAACACGCCGGAGUGCAACAACAAAUACUAGAUCGUUUGGUGGAGAAAAACUGGAAGUUACUGAUCAAUCCGAGUUUGGUGUUUGGCCAAUGCUUGCAAGCCCAUCUGACGCCAUUUUUCUGGGAUAAACCCGACGACUACGUCGACUAUAGUUUGCCGGAUCAGAGGAGUUUCGUCGUAUCCGUAUUGGUCGAAAACAAAAUGAUGUCCGUGUUGAGCGCUUGUGCCGAACAAUGGAAAAACGGAACGUACGGCACGAGCGAAGUCACCGUGUUGCAUUUAGUGCAGUGCCUUUGGAAUCACGUCAUGAUCGUCAAACAGUUUGCCGAUAAACUAUGCGUACCGCUGUUCGAUUAUUCCGGAACCCAGAUGGACGGAAAAAACAAACGCGUACUCAAAUAUUGUUUGUCGCAGAUGCAAUGCGUCAAAAUUUUUUUACAAGAUUUACACAGCAAAUACGGCGUUCACACCAUUACUUAUAACAAUAGUAAUAACAAUAAUAAAAGCGAUUACACCCAUCGCGUUUACACGCUCAACCUGGUCACUCAGUACUUCAAAGCGGUCACGUGUUUUGUCAAUUACGGCCUGCUGCCCGAACGGUGCCUCGUGGAUAACCCACACCGGCAGACGGUGCAAUACGAUUUUGCUGCGUUAAGGGAUUACGCCGAUAAAAGGCGAACCGAACUUGGCAACUCUCAGUUGUAUUUGAUCGACGCCAUAGUCGGUCACGAACGCCGCGGUUCGAAACUGUACGAACAGUGGCAGAACGAGGGCGGCCAAGCGACCAACGGCAUGUAUCCGCCGGCCAACGUACAGUGUUUGCUGAGAAUAUACUUGAACGCCGCCCUGUCCGACCUGUUGAAAAACUACAUCACCGUGUAUUUCCUGAUAGACGUGUGUUCCACAAAAGAUCUCGAUGCGAACGUCGCGAAUCGUAUGUGUAAUUUUGCCAUCGAAUUCGACGUGGAAAACGUUAUGUUGAACACGCUUUGUCGAGCGAGCUGGCUUUUGGAUCACGACAUGUUCAAGGAAGCGAUGGAAAUAUUGUCGAGCGACAAAGAUUGGGCGGCGUUGACCAAAGACAAAUCUUGGCGUUGGUUUCAUUGGACCGUCGCGAAAUUGCUGGUGUUCAAGGGAGAGUAUUUUUGGGCUAGAUUCUACACGAAGCUCGUCGACAUCGACUUGACCGACGUUGAUGACCACAAAUUUUAUAUAAAUCUUGAAAUCAUGAACAAUCAGUGUUUCGAAGCGUUACGACACAUAAGGAAGCGGUCGGCCGAAGAAAAACCAAUAUUGUUGAGAUACUUAUUCGACAGAUGUAAAGAAAUCGACAAGUUGAGAUGCUUGAUCGAACUGCCGUGGGAGUCGCACGAAGAAGACGCGUUGUACGUUUAUCUGAAGUCCGUACCGGACGCGGCCAAAUCCAUGUCGAUGAAAAUGUUGUUUCUGUUACAAAGAGGAAGAUAUUCCGAAGCCGUCGAAUACAACGUGUCUUUGACCGGAACGUUCUACGAAAGCACCGACGACGACGACGACUUGACAAUAGUUGUCAGUUCAUUAGUGGACGGGUUCGAUAGAGAUGUACCGAAAAAAAUAGUGCCUCGGUGUCUCGACGGAUUUUCUGCGAGAAACGUAUACAAAAAGACCGACACUGUUUUAAAACGUCUAAACUCGACCAGUAAAUCGUUUAAUGUUCUGGACAAAAUCCGAGCAAACACUUUAAAACUGUCAAAUUCGUCUCGCACUCUGUUCAGACCCAAAAACGAUACAAACGCAACAAAGAGUUUGCUGUUUGGCAAUAAAUGUGCGCUUAAAAGAUUGUCCAGUGACGACGACGACGACCAUGAAUAACGAGAAACGUAGAAGAAUCGACGACCACCGCGACCGUUUGCCUUGUACACCUAGUGUUAACCGUGCACCUGUAUACGGCGAAAGAGACCUGGAAAUACUGGACACUCCGU